UCUGUCCCUUUCGGGCUGCCGUCCUGCGGGUCCGCCAUAUUGUCUGCUGGAGCUACCGCUGAGGCUGCCGCCGCCAAGUCCGAGCGAGCGGAGCCGCGAUGGAGACCAUGGCAAGUCCGGGGAAAGAUAAUUAUCGAAUGAAGAGCUAUAAGAACAAUGCCCUAAACCCUGAAGAAAUGAGGCGGAGAAGAGAGGAAGAGGGCAUUCAGCUCCGGAAGCAAAAGCGAGAGCAACAACUUUUCAAACGGAGAAAUGUGGAGCUAAUCAAUGAAGAAGCUGCCAUGUUUGAUAGUCUCCUUAUGGACUCCUAUGUGAGCUCUACCACUGGGGAGAGUGUCAUCACAAGAGAGAUGGUGGAAAUGCUCUUUUCUGUUGACUCUGACCUGCAGUUAGCCACCACACAGAAAUUCCGGAAACUGCUCUCUAAAGAGCCUAGUCCUCCCAUAGACGAAGUCAUCAACACACCGGGAGUAGUGGAUCGCUUUGUGGAGUUUCUGAAGAGAAAUGAGAACUGUACGUUACAGUUUGAAGCUGCCUGGGCUCUAACCAACAUUGCCUCUGGAACAUCUCAGCAAACCAAAAUUGUCAUUGAGGCUGGGGCUGUCCCCAUUUUCAUAGAGCUGCUUAACUCCGACUUUGAAGAUGUACAGGAACAGGCAGUCUGGGCACUGGGAAACAUAGCUGGGGACAGCUCUGUGUGCCGAGAUUACGUCUUGAACUGUUCCAUCCUGAAUCCUUUAUUAACGCUCCUAACCAAGUCUACACGACUGACAAUGACACGGAAUGCAGUCUGGGCUCUGUCAAACCUCUGCCGAGGGAAAAACCCACCUCCAGAUUUUGCAAAGGUCUCUCCUUGUUUGCCUGUACUGUCUCGCCUACUUUUCAGCAGUGACUCAGACUUGCUGGCGGAUGCCUGCUGGGCCCUCUCUUACCUGUCUGAUGGCCCCAAUGAGAAGAUCCAGGCCGUCAUAGACUCUGGAGUUUGCCGGAGAUUGGUAGAGCUUCUGAUGCACAAUGAUCACAAAGUGGCUUCACCUGCCCUGAGAGCUGUGGGUAACAUUGUCACUGGGGAUGAUAUCCAGACCCAGGUCAUUCUCAACUGUUCAGCUCUCCCUUGUCUCCUCCACUUGCUGAGCAGUCCAAAGGAAUCGAUCCGGAAGGAAGCUUGCUGGACCAUUUCAAAUAUCACUGCUGGCAACAGGGCUCAGAUACAGGCUGUCAUAGAUGCAAAUAUCUUCCCUGUGUUGAUUGAAAUCCUUCAGAAGGCCGAGUUCCGAACAAGGAAAGAGGCAGCCUGGGCCAUCACCAAUGCCACAUCGGGAGGCACCCCUGAGCAGAUAAGGUACCUGGUCUCCUUGGGCUGCAUCAAACCCCUGUGUGACUUACUGACUGUGAUGGAUUCAAAGAUUGUACAAGUGGCCCUCAAUGGACUGGAGAAUAUCUUGCGGCUUGGAGAACAGGAGGGCAAGCGCAGUGGCUCGGGAGUCAAUCCCUAUUGUGGUCUCAUUGAGGAAGCCUAUGGCUUGGAUAAAAUUGAGUUUCUCCAGAGCCACGAGAACCAGGAGAUCUACCAGAAGGCCUUUGACCUCAUCGAGCACUACUUUGGUGUAGAGGAUGAUGACAGCAGCCUGGCUCCCCAAGUGGAUGAAACGCAACAGCAAUUCAUCUUCCAGCAGCCCGAGGCCCCCAUGGAGGGCUUCCAGCUAUAAUGUCUGCCUCCGGGGAGGGCCGGGACUGGGGAGCGCCACCAAGCAGCAGCAGAGCCGCCCUCUGCGGGGGCAGGCAGCCAGGCCCCCACGUCAGCCACCACACACCUCUGCUGUCCUGGAGACUGUGCUCUUGACCUGCUCCCCCCUUCCCUGGAGGGAACACCCUCUGGACACAGAACCAUCUGAGGCUCACAUUUGGGUUUUGUGACAAGGGGACAUGUUGGGUUUUCUUCCUUACACUAUGUUUUGGCUGCACAAAUGUCUUUAACCCAGGAGCCCAGGGGUAGACGAAGGAGGACUGAGGUAAUCAAUUUGCACCUUUUUUUUUUAAUUAUUAUUAUUUUUCUUUAAUGGUGACUUCCUUCCCUUUUAUCUUCCUUCAUCCUUCCCAGUCAUCUGCCCUGAUUGUGUAACUCAUCUUGGGUACUUCAGCAGAUGGAAUAUUCCAGAGGUGGGAGGGCAGGGGUGGGGAGAAAUCCAAACAAAGUGUUCUUGCUCAGACAGAAUAUUAAUCUUGUAUGCUUGGAUUGAGUUAUUUAAUGUUUUUUUUUCUUUUGCACAUUUUGUCUUGUAUUAAGAUUGCUCUUCCUAAGAGCCAUGAGUCCCUCAUGUUAGGAAUCCCAGCUGCCAGCAUUGUUGGGGACAGAGGCUGACGGCGAGGCCACCCUGAGCUAAAAGGCCUCUCUCCCUCUGACUCUCCACCCAAACCUCUUUAGUUUGGGAGAUUCCCCCUCAAUCUCCUGGGGUCUCUGUCCCCUUGGAGGGGAGAGAAGGAGCACAGGCCUUUAUUCGUCAGGGCUUCCCCAUGUGUAGCUACUGAUCCUAUGUUUCCUAUCCACCUUCCGAAUGGUGCGACCCAGCUUCAUAUGUUUACUUGAAAAUCCCCCUCGGAGUUGAACGAAUCUCUGAGGUGGCUGUAUAUUCUCCUGAGCUUGAGACCAGGGACUGCAGGCCUGCCUUCUGAGGAGGAGGUCCUUGCUCAUGUGUUGGGAUGGUCAGGUAUCCCUGCCUUUGGCCUUUCUUCUUCCUCUUCCAUAGUUGGAUCAUGUAUAUUUUACUUCCAAAGGAGAGAAUGUCAAAAGGUUCUGUAUUUUUUUAUAUUCUGUAUAUUAGGUAGGCUGAUCUUAAUUGGUCUCAAGAGGAAGAACUAAUUUCUGUAAGUAGGACACAGUGAGGAAGACCAAUGAGAUGUGGACGUUGACGAGGUCUGGCUUCUGAGCCACCCCCUGGGGCCAGCCUUCAGCUCUGGAACCUUUGUGAAGCAAGUCAGCCUGGUCUGCUUGCCCUGUAGGAAGCAAGAUCACCGCAGGGUGGGGUGAGGUCUGCUGCUCUGGUCCCCAUCCUUCCAGAGAGCAAUUGCAGUCUCGGAGGCCAUUAUCCACGUAUCUAACAGGCAUGACUGCCUCUCCUGUUAUCAUAAAACCUCAACAAGCAGAGUAACUAUUGUGAGAGCUGUUGGUAUCUUUGCUUUGUGAAAUCCUUGCACCUGGUCUCUCGGUUUUCCCAUCCUCGUAAUAAUUAGAAUCCAAAUGCCUAUGAAUGAAGUUGGUGGAAUGAUACUGCAUCCCGGGUGGUAGGGUGUAGAGGGGAUCUAGGUGCAGCGCUGUGGUAGACUAAAGGAACAGUGUGCCCCAUCCUCCCUGUGUGAGAGUUGUCCUGCUCUGGGCUGCACUUUUCCCUUCCCGAGAAACAGUGGCAUCUUUGCUCCUAUUGCUGUGCAUUCCCUCUAUCUCAGGUGAAUCCCAUUCCCUUAUGCUUAGAGAUCUAAAGUUUCAAGGACUUUAUUAUCAGAAUUGGUCUUGAAUUUGCCCUCAUCUCCUGGUGUUGAGGUCCCAUUCCAAGCCAUUUUCUGGGUAAAAUUCAAGGCAGGCAUUUGCCACUGAAAAACCCCACCCAGUUGUGCUGCUUUGGAGAGUGAGGUGCCGUUCAUUUGUGGGGCACUGCCAACCUCUGAUCUCCCAGGAAGACAAGGGCCAGCAGUGCUUUCACUUGACCUGUUAUUCCACUAUAAGAUUAUUCUACAGUUCAAUGACAAGCACCCCUGCCCCCGAUAGUCUUGCCCAAAAGGAAGAGCUGUCUAGAAGGAUCAUUUUAUACAUAUUAGGCAACAGAUAAGUUCCUGAAACUUAUUUAGUUCUUAGUGUUAAACAUACAUAUCCUGCUUUACCAGCUGUUCCUCCAAGGUCUGCUUUGAUCUGUACCAGAUGGAUGACUGUCAGUCACCUGGCUGCUGCUUAACACAAGUUUUCUCUGAGGGCUUCAAAGGCUGCCUGGCAUCCAUGGCACAGUAAGAGUGACAGAUCACUCAUGAGAACAAACAAUGGCCUCUAAGAGCUUCUCUUAGGGUCUUCCCCAGAGCUUGUUCCCUUAGUAUCUUCCUCAAACCUGCUUUCAGUCCACAGGUGAAGUUCUUCCAGCUCACUUAAGUCCAUCUUUCGUAUCUCCUCCUCUCCUUUGGCCAUCUUAGAAAGAGCCAGUCUUCACAAGCAGCUCUCUUCUGGACACCAGGCCCAGGAUCACAAGCUUUGUGGUAGAUAUUGCAGUGCUAUGCCUGCAGAGGGGCUUGCUGGCUUACUGCAGGGGAUAGCCCAAAUCAAAGCAUGUUUCAGAAUCCUCAUUAAGGGCUCUAAAGGGAUAGUGGUGUCUAGACAUGGAAUGGGAGGACCCCAGGACUUGCUGUUUUGCAUAGUGCCAGCUAUUGUUUAUUUCCAGCCCCUUUUGGCAUCCCAUCCUUGGCCAUCUUUUCUGGUACCAACAGGGUUUCUGGUCUCAGAAAUCUGCCUUUGUCUCCCACCUGUUCCUUGACCUUGAUAUUACAUGCAAUCUACAGUAAAACCACAUAGAUUUCACCUCAGGUGGCCAACUUGGUUUCUUGGGUCAGUGGGCACAAAUGACCUUCCAGGGAGUGUUUGUUGAUGACCUCAACUUUCUGGGGUCUUUGGUGUUUCCCCACUUACCUAGAAUCCUUAGAUCUACCACACAGACCCUCUCUGUCCCAGAACCUCCUUUCAGGAUCCCUGAUUUUUGUGGCUAAACUACAUUGUAAUUGCUAUUGUAUCUAUUUAAGGGAAAGAGAAAUAAAACACUUUAUAUUCUUCUCAAGCCAACUGGUUACAAUGAAAACCAUCUAGUGAGUUUAACUGUAUUUUUGUUCUCUUGUGUCUACCUGCUGUGUCUAGCAAAGCUUUUUUUAGCGUGCUAGUAGAAGAGUCUCACAGUAUUCACCUCCUUACCCCAAGGACCUCUUUUUGAAGGCCCUAGCUCUUUUGUUCAGGCCUCCUUUUCUCCCCUACACUCACUCCGCUUGGUUUUUCCCCAGUGGAUUCAUCUCGGAGACUCAGGUUCUGGAUUCUCAGUUGAAAGCAGGGAGUCAGUUCCUGCGGGUCCCUGCGGACAUUCCUGGACCCAGGACAGAAGUCAACUUGGUUGGGAUCCUCAGGAGUGUACAUUUCCUUUUCCUUGGCAGGUGGGAAAGGGCACAGGACUCAAAAGUGAACCGUAAGAAAUGCUCAUGACCAGUGGUAACAUGUUCCAGGUAGUACUACCCGGAAGUGAGUGUGAGACAGAGAUUACACAGAAUAGUUUUUUCCAUAGCCAUUUAGGCUUAUACAUUCUUGACCAACCUUGUUCUGGCAUUCUCUUCUCUGUUGGCUUCUAGGUUCUUUUGUUAAACCAACAAGCUGAGAAUUUGACCCUGCAGUGACCCACGUGAUGGGCAGUAGCUGUUCUUUGGCCAGGACCUAGACAAAUGAUUCAGUUAUCCCACUGUCCACCUCCUGGACCCACCCCCCAGGUUAAGACUAAGACAAAGGAAGACUUUGAGGCCAGAAUCAACCUAAUCUGCGAGUUGAAGCAGUUUUUCCUUUUCUAAGAGGGUAUUCACUCCCAGGCCAUGUGCAGAAGUACAGCCAGCCAUGAGUUAGGAAAAGCAGUGUUACAUUUUGGUUCCAGAGCACACUUGGAAAAAGAUUGUGUACACCGUGUCUCCAGCUGGGCUUGAGACUAUCCAGCGACUUACGGACUUGCCUGAUCAAGGAUAUCCACAUAAGCUCAUACCUGAGCCCUUCUGCCAAAUGCUAGCACUAUUCUUAGGUCCAGUUUUCAGACCUUGGGUUUGGCAGAUGAGAACUGUAUGUCACGUCCUGGGAGCCAUGAAAGAUGUCAGAGCUCGGAAUCAGACUGGAAGAAAAGAAGGGGUGAUGAGGUCCCAGCCACCUAACACAGAGUAUUUCCCCAGAACAGUUUGGAUUUCCUGCUUAAGGACCUAAGAAGGUGAAUCAAACUUUUUUUCUUCUCUGGCUUUUCUUUCCAAGUUCAUUUGCUUUUAUAUUUUCUAAAAACUAUAAACUCUGGCUGUUUUCAUGUUCUCAGGGCCCCUGGGUAUAUAAAGCUUGGUGAUUUCAGAGCAGACAUAGGCCAAGAAAUUGUGGCAUUUGAGCGUGCUGAGUCCAGACAAAGGAUAUUUAUAUACACAUCCAAAUUUGAAGAGAAAAAUGUAUUUCUUUAGGUUUCAAACACUGUAAUAGAUGUAAAGCAAAAAAUAAAAACCUGUUGCAAAGUUCUAAA